AUCCCUUCGGAAAUUUUCUAAUACUCGUCGUGUUCGUUUUCCAAUCUCCAGUCUCCGAAGACUUCUAGAGAGAAAAAGAGAAAAUAGAGAGAGAGAGAGACAAGAGAACUCUCGUACGGACACAAUAUGGUUGAUGCCACUCAUAACAAUGGUCCCGGUGCCGGCCCCGGAGGCCAAUACACGGAUUUUCCGGCGAUUCCUUCCCAUGGAGGUCAGUACAUUCAGUACAACAUAUUUGGGAACUUAUUCGAAAUCACCUCCAAAUAUCGGCCUCCGAUUAUGCCAAUUGGGCGAGGAGCAUAUGGUAUUGUUUGCUCGGUGUUGAAUUCGGAGACGAAUGAGAUGGUUGCUAUGAAGAAAAUAGCCAACGCUUUUGAUAAUCAUAUGGAUGCCAAGCGUACGCUUCGGGAGAUUAAGCUGCUUCGUCAUUUGGAUCACGAAAAUAUCGUAGCUAUAAGGGAUGUGAUUCCUCCACCUUUGCGGCGAGAAUUUACCGAUGUCUACAUUGCAACUGAGUUGAUGGACACCGACCUUCACCAAAUUAUUCGUUCAAAUCAAGGUUUAUCAGAGGAGCAUUGUCAGUACUUCUUGUACCAGAUUCUUCGAGGGCUGAAGUACAUACAUUCUGCUAAUGUUAUACACAGGGACUUAAAACCCAGCAACCUUUUGCUGAAUGCAAAUUGUGAUCUUAAAAUAUGUGAUUUUGGUCUUGCUCGUCCCACCGCGGAAAAUGAGUAUAUGACAGAAUAUGUUGUCACCAGAUGGUACAGGGCCCCUGAGUUAUUGUUGAACUCUUCAGAUUAUACUGCUUCAAUAGAUGUGUGGUCUGUUGGUUGCAUAUUUAUGGAGCUUAUGAAUAGGAAGCCUCUGUUUCCAGGCAAAGACCAUGUUCAUCAGAUGCGCUUAUUGACAGAGCUCCUAGGCACACCAACAGAGUCAGAUCUCGGGUUCAUUCGAAAUGAAGAUGCUAAAAGAUACAUACGGCAACUCCCCUCGUUCCCUCGGCAACAGUUAGGCAGGGCUUUCCCACAUGUUCAUACACUGGCCAUAGACCUCAUCGAGAAAAUGUUGACAUUUGAUCCAAAUAGAAGAAUUACUGUUGAGGAAGCUUUGGCCCAUCCCUAUUUGACAAGACUGCAUGAUGUUGCUGAUGAACCAGUCUGCCCAAAUCCAUUCUCGUUCGAAUUUGAACAACAACCUUUGACAGAAGAACAAAUGAAAGACAUGAUCUACCAGGAAGCUAUUGCACUUAAUCCUCAGUAUGCUUAAUAAUGUGAAAAAAGGGUAUUCCAUGCUUAGGAUGGUCUAUGUAAUGCUUAAUUUGCCACUCUGCGAGUCUUUUUUUUUUCUUUUGUUAAAUAUUAAGAAUGAUACAACUGCAGUCCCAAAGGUUGCAAGUACCAAUAUGAUAUCUAGCUUGCGUGUCGAUCAACUGUAUCCUUGAGUGUUUGAUCCAUUUUGUUAGGUUGAUUCCCUCAUCUUUUCCAAAAUCCUUUUUGUGCUUGUUAUCCCCCUAUGUUUGUUAAAGAAAAAAAAAGAGUUGGGUCAGUUUUUCUUUGACCUGUGACAAGGGUAGUCAAUGCCAAACGUUGGUCGAUAACCGUGGAUAAAGAACUAUUGGUACUAUCCCUAGUUUUAUUUUUCCUUGAAAUCUUAAUGUAUUUGUUGUAUGGAUUGAUGUACUAAAAUUGUUAUGUAUAUAAUAAAAUAAAAAGAGAAAAUAACUUCUUUUUAUUUA